CCUCGCGAAAACCUCCGUGAGCUCCGGUGAAAAAGUGACCCACCACCGGUGAAAAGAGAGCCCCGUGCUCUGGUUUUUCCAGUCAGAGAUUCGGAUAACACAGUGCGCCUAGGAUAAUAAAGGGAUGGAGGGGCGGAGCGUGACGCUCGUGAGCGGUGGUGGGAACGAGCGGAUAGUUGGGAGAAGUGUCGGAAAAGAGCCAGACAGCUCGGUCAGUCGGUGGAGUCCGCUCACUACAGUCCUCGCUAUGGCGUGUAUAGCGUCGGGUAGGCUCUGUGCUCGUGCGGAGAAACUGUGCCAGUUCGGACAUUUCGCCCAAUUACGGAGGGAAGUUACGACGACUACGUGCGCGAAAUCACGGCUAGCAGUCGGCCGAACGUGCGGCGCGCUCCUGCAACGAUGCCAGAGCAAAGCGAACACACCAGACUGCAGGAUAGGCCUCGCGAGAGCGACGAGCACUAUGCAAACGCAGAUGCCCGGCUCUCGGUCCGAUUACCAAAUCGAUCCUUACAGGGUUAUCGAGGACGACCUUAAGGACUUAUUCGAAAACAUACGAAAGGAACUCAUCAAUGCGACGACACAGAAAGAUUUACAUCCCUUAGUUGUAUACUAUAUGGACGGCCAAGGGAAGGCGUUGCGACCCAUGUUGUCCAUACUGAUGGCACGAGCUAUCAAUUAUCACAAGGGAAGCGAUGUCCUCUCGUAUUCGCAGCAGCGAAUAGCGAUGAUCUCCGAGAUGGUGCACGUCGCUUCCUUGUUGCACGACGACGUGAUCGAUCAAUCGAAUUUCCGCCGAGGCAAACCAUCGGUGAACAUCGUUUGGAGCCAAAAGAAGGUCGCAGUAGCGGGAGAUUUUAUCUUGGCGGUCGCCUGCAUGAUACUCGCCAGAAUUCAAAACGACGACGUGACUAUCACUAUGAAUCAGAUCAUCACCGACUUGGUGCAAGGUGAAUUCAUGCAGCUCGGCUCGAAAGAGACGGAAAACGAGAGGUUCGCUCAUUACUUCAGCAAGACCUAUCUGAAGACGGGGAGUCUGAUGGCCAAUUGUACUAAAUCGGUCGCCUUACUGGCUGAGGUCGACGAUCACCUGAUAGAGAUGGCCUAUCAAUACGGCAGAAACGUCGGUUUGGCUUUCCAGUUGGUGGAUGAUUUACUGGAUUUCGUGGCUUCGGCAGAAGCUAUUGGCAAACCCGCAGCCGCUGAUCUCAAGCUCGGCCUGGCCACAGCUCCGGUGCUCUUCGCUUGCGAGCGGUAUCCGGAGCUGAACGCGAUGAUCAUGCGCCGUUUCCAAGAGCCCGGGGACGUCGAGAAGGCAUUCGAAUUGGUGCACAAGUCCAACGGUCUCGAGCAGACGAAAUUCAUGGCGAAGAAGCAUUGUGUGGAAGCCACCAGAAUUCUGCAAUCCUUCGUCAAGAGCCCCUACCAAAAAGCUCUCCUUGUUCUGGUCGAUCUGGUGCUCAAUCGCAUGAAAUAGCACCGCAGAGGGCAACGAAGACUCGGACUCGUGGGCGGGAAACGAUUUCGGUUUAUAUUUAUAAUAGUUACCGCCGAACGAUAAGACGGACUGGUGUGGCUAAGUUUUUUGGUUGAAUUUUUUGCAGGGCGUGUGCGAAAGCCGCGCGUGCGUCUCGAAGGAAUCUUCCUUCCAUUCGCGAUGUCAGGCCCGCUCUGGACGAUCUGCCACUCGCGACGGAAUGGCCGAAUUUGCGAGAAAACGAACCUUUUCCUCUUCGUGCGAAAACGCGUCUCGCCACGACAUUUGUUGCACUUGGUUCUUUCCGGGUAGUUUUUGUUUUACGGAUUAGCCGGAAAAGUGGCGUGAGAGAACUUGAAGAAAAUCAAUCGCGGUAUACGGUUCCGCUCGGUCCCCGAGAGGGUUCGUUCGCACGUAGGUUACAAAGUCACACUUUGCGCGGGAUGAAUCUGCCGCGAAUCACAGAUCGUUCAAAGCGAGCUUCCUGCCACUAACCGAAAUAUCGUGUCGGUAUGAAUAGUUCUUCGUAUUUAAGGGUUUUUAUAAGUCGCGGUUAAGUGAGGAAACUCUCUGGUAUAUGAUGGUUAUAAAAUCCUGCUGGUGUAACAUUAAUGAUGUGACGCGAUCGAUCGACACAUGCGUUACCGUUGCAUUGCCGCCCGUGAGUUCAUACCUCAUGCGAAAGAAAACGAGAGAAAAAGAAGAAAAACACAAAAAGAAAAUAGAAAUAGUAAUCCACGCCUCGUAAUUCGUGAACAUUUGUAAACGAUAUUCCCGCCUUUUCUUGGAGGACUCGAACGAUUGUCCGGAAAAGGCGCGACAAAAAGUGCACGAUUACUCCUCUUAAGUGCCUAGGCAUGAUUCGGCCCGCGUGUGAGAGAAGGAGCAUGUAUUUACCUGAUCAUACAAACAAUUAGCCGAACAUAAUGGAUGUAAAUAAAGUAAUCUAUAGCGGUAGAGAUAACGUAUUAGCUUGUUGAUAAUCCUUUGCAUUGAAAAUCUUUCUCGCUGCGUGCAGUCACGUGUCGCAACGACGGUACGAAUUAUACAUCGUUGUAGUCGUUCGUAAAAUGAAAAUAAUACACGAACACGCUUGGAGAUCGCAUUCAACUACCCGAUGACAAUUAUCACGUUACGUCACGUCAGACUGCGUUAAAAAGAGAACUUUAAUAAAUUUUAAUCCGUUAGACGAUUAUUAUAUGUAACGCGUUACGCGAACAGGAAAGAAAGAAUCGGAAACUGAAAAAAGAAUAAAAGAUUAAAUUGUUGUUGCAAUGUAUCCUUGAUCGUGCGUCUUUAUUGUGACCAAUCAAACCGAGUGGAUUCGUAUUUUUUUUUAUAUACAAAAAAAAAACGAGAAAUGCAGAAAUCGUAUGUAAUUCCUUUUAAAUAAAAUCAUAGAAAUAGAUAGGGAAGUAAUAGGGUGCCAAUACCAAUUCUCAUCGCAAGCGCAAUUUGGAGUUUUGCGGAAAACAGUGCGGAGAAUAAAUCUGCCAAAGAAGACGAACCGGUCUUUACGAUUCUCCCGCCGAUUCAGCAAACUCACUUACGCCCUGUUGCAAGUUAAGGUGCACGCUACUGGGGACGUGCGAUGCGGAAUUUUAAGUUAAUAAAGUUGGUUUUGUUCAAAUGGUGUUCGAGGAAAAUACAAUCACGUUUCUUUUGCCACAUUUCGUUAAAUAGAUGAACUGCUCAAAAUAUCAAUAUAAUAUUACCAGAUACGUGUAAGUAUAUAAAUAUCUAAUGUACAAUAAUUUAUAUUUAUGACGCGGAUGAAUGUAUAUAUAUAUUUGCAAUAUAUAUAUAAUUAUAUUGUAACGUCACACGUCACACGAUACGAUAAGUCGUUAACUAAGGAACGGGCGUGUAAUUAUGAUCAAACGUAGAUUUAUUGAAUAAAAAUAAGAGAGAUAGCAAAUUGAGGAGAAAAGAAGCGAAACAUAACUGGGACUAUCAAUCUCCUCCACAUUUUUUGUAAUAUUUAUUUAAACCUUAAGAAGGGAGAGAGAAAGAGAGAGAGAGAUAGAGAGAGAGAGAGAGAGA